AUGGAUUUCAUUACUCAACAGUCCUCCACUGCUCAGCAGGGCAGCAAACACCUCGAGGUGAACUCAGAUGUCUAUGAGCUCAACUCAGAGCACGACAAGCCCGUCUACACAACCAAGCGUGGCCUGAAGUCCCGCCAUGUCCAGUUCAUCGCUCUGGCAGGAGCCAUUGGUACAGGUAUCUUUGUCGGCAGUGGCUCCACACUUGCGACGUGUGGUCCAGCAAGUCUCCUGAUCGGCUUCCUCAUUCUCGUUCUCUUCGUCUGGUCUAUUAUGAACCAGCUUGGAGAAAUGGUGAGUUUCAUUCCUGCUCCAGGAAAAUCUACGCUGUACGCACUCUGCGAUCGCUACACAGGAAACAAGACCAUGUCUUUCACGUGCGGCAUGAACUUGGUCUAUGCUCUCUGUAUCUUGACCCCGGCAGAGAUCUCGGCUGCUGCUUUCGUGAUUGAGUACUGGUCGGACCUGAACGUGGCAAUCUGGAUUGCAAUCCUGUGGUCCUCCAUCGUCGCAAUCAACCUGCUGGCCGUCAAGUUCUUUGGAGAAACAGAGUUCUGGAUCGCGUCCAUCAAGCUGAUCACUAUUAUAGGCCUCAUCGUUCUCGGAUUCGCUAUUUUCUGGGGUGCAGGUCCCGACAGACACGGCAUUCUGGGCUUCCACUACUGGAAACACCCGGGAGCGUUUGUUGAGCACCUGGUCCCGGGAAACACAGGAAAGUUUCUUGCAUGCUGGACCUCCAUCAUCAAGUCCGCGUUCGCGUUUGUGCUUUCGCCUGAAAUCAUCACCUCGGCCGCUGCAGAGGCUGAAGCCCCAAGAAAAAAUCUGCCAAAGGCGACCAGCCGCUUCAUCUACCGUCUGAUGAUUUUCUACAUCGGAGGUGUGCUCGCCAUCGGCAUCAUUGUGGGCUCCGACGACCCAAGACUCAUGAACGCUAUCAACAGUGGCAACACGACUGCCGCUGCCUCGCCUUUUGUCAUUGGAAUUCAGAACGCAGGCAUCAAAUACCUCAACCACAUCGUCAACGCUGCUAUUCUCACCUCUGCUUACUCAGCAGGCAACUCAUUCCUCUACGCAAGUACCAGAACACUGUAUUCUAUGUCUCUCACAGGUAUCGUGCCAAGAUUUUUCUCAAAAUGUACUCGCUACGGUGUGCCAAUUUACUGUGUGAUUUUCUGCUCUGCAAUUGCUUUACUUUCUUUCCUCAAUGUCUCCAACUCGUCCACGGCUGUGUUCAACUGGCUCUCCAACAUCUCAACAGUUUCCGGUUUCAUUUCGUGGAUAUUUGUUUCCAUUACCUACCUGCGCUACCGGAAAGCUAUUACAUACCAUCAGCUGGAUUCUCGUGUCACAUACAGACCAAGAUACCAGAUUUUUGGUGCUUACGCUUGUCUGAUCUUCUUUACGGUUAUUGCUCUCACCAACGGAUACGCUGUGUUCUUCAACUGGAAGACGUCUGACUUUUUUGCCGCAUACAUCACUCUUCCUAUCGUGGCUGUCAUCUACGUCAGCCACAUGCUGUGGACCCGCAAUUUCCGUCUCUUUGCACCUCCAGAGCAUAUCGACUGUUUCACGGGCCUGGAGGAUACAGAGAAAGAGGCUGCUGUCUACGUGCCUCCAGUUCCUCGGAAUUUCAUCGAGAGAUUCUGGUUCUGGCUCACGUGA